UGCCUGAAGAACAUAAGAACCUUCCUCACAGCUUGUUGUGAGACAUUUGGAAUGAGGAAAAGUGAACUUUUCGAGGCUUUUGACUUGUUUGACGUUCGAGAUUUUGGAAAGGUCAUAGAAACACUGUCGAGACUUUCUCGUACACCUAUUGCUUUAGCCACAGGAAUUAGACCAUUCCCUACUGAAGAAAGUGUCAACGAUGAAGAAAUCUACAAAAGCCUUCCUGACUUAAUAGAUGAAACUCGUGCAGAUGAUGAAGAAGACUUGUAUGACUGUGUUUAUGGAGAAGAUGAAGGGGGAGAAGUGUAUGAGGACCUGAUGAAGGCUGAAGAAGCCCAGCAGCCGAAGUGUCUGGAAAAUGACAUACGAAGUUGUUGCCUUGCAGAGAUCAAACAGACAGAAGAGAAGUAUACAGAAACAUUGGAGUCAAUAGAAAAAUAUUUCAUGACACCACUGAAAAGAUUUCUGACACCUACAGAAUUCGAUACUGUAUUCAUCAACAUUCCUGAACUGGUGAAAGUUCACCGAAACCUGACACAAGAGAUUAAUGACUCCAUUGUCAAUAAAAAUGACCAGAAUCUAUAUCAAAUUUUCAUUAACUACAAAGAAAGAUUGGUUAUUUAUGGGCAGUACUGCAGCGGAGUGGAGUCAGCCAUCUCUGGUUUAGACUUUAUUUCUAAGACAAAAGAAGAUGUCAAGUUGAAACUCGAGGAAUGUUCCAAGAGGGCGAACAAUGGGAAAUUUACUCUACGUGAUUUGCUUGUUGUUCCUAUGCAACGGGUUCUAAAGUAUCAUCUCCUGCUCCAGGAGCUGGUGAAACACACGACUGAUCCCAUGGAGAAGGCAAACCUCAAACAGGCCCUUGAUGCAAUGAAGGUGAGUGAAGGGCUUCAGAUCCUUGCUCUCACCCCACUAUAUGGGAUUAUCGACCUUAAGCAGAGAUCUAACAUAAGGCCAGACUAUGCAGACUCCAAUUUUCAUGACUUCAAAAUGCACACUUUCACGAGGGUUACAUCCUGUAAAGUCUGCCAGAUGCUCCUGAGAGGAACAUUUUAUCAAGGCUAUUUAUGUUUCAAGUGUGGCGCCAGAGCACACAAAGAAUGUUUAGGAAGAUUAGACAAUUGUGGCAGAGUUAAUUCAGGUGAACAAGGAACGCUCAAACCUGAGAAACCACCUAAUGGACUUCGAAGACUCCCCAGACAAGUGGAUCCAGGCCUACCGAAGAUGCAGGUCAUUAAGAAUUACACUGGAAACCCACAACCUCCACAACAAGAAGGACCUCCUUUGCACAUCCAGAUGGGGGAUACAGUCGAGCUUUUGAGAGGAGAUGCUCAUAGCUUAUUUUGGCAGGGACGGAACUUAGCAUCAGGGGAGAUUGGUUUCUUUCCUAGUGAAGCAGUUAAGCCUUGUCCAUGUGUGCCCAAACCAGUAGACUACUCUUGCCAGCCAUGGUAUGCAGGAGCAAUGGAAAGACUACAGGCAGAGACUGAACUUAUUAAUCGGGUAAAUAGCACUUACCUUGUGCGACACAGGACCAAAGAGUCAGGAGAAUACGCAAUUAGCAUUAAGUACAAUAAUGAAGCAAAACACAUCAAGAUUUUAACAAGAGAUGGCUUUUUCCACAUUGCAGAAAAUAGGAGAUUUAAAAGUUUAAUGGAACUCGUCGAGUACUAUAAGCAUCAUUCUCUUAAAGAAGGCUUCAGAACUUUAGAUACUACUCUUCAGUUCCCAUACAAGGAGCCCGAAAAUUCAUCUGGACAGAGGGGUAAUAGAGCAAGCGGCAACUUGUUGAGCCCCAAAGUUUUGGGCAUAGCUAUUGCACGAUACGACUUUUGUGCAAGAGACAUGAGAGAGCUGUCUUUGUCCAAAGGCGAUGUGGUGAAAAUUUACACAAAAAUGAGUGUAAAUGGCUGGUGGAGGGGAGAAGCAAAUGGAAGGGUGGGCUGGUUUCCAUCAACAUAUGUGGAAGAGGAUGAAUGACUUCAAUCCCAAUUUUGCAGUCUGGACCAGAAAUUUCAGGGACAAGCGAUGAACAAAAAUCCACAAAGCAUUAUGAACUGAUUGAAGUAUUUGAAAAGCUGCAUUUCUGGCUAAUCAACAUCCUUCCUCCUCCUGUCUUCUCCAGUCUUAAUGUUGGGAUUUCUAAAGAUGCUCGUACUGACAGAUUAAUGGCUUGCCGAGAGCUGGGCAAGAAACAACCUGCCAGUCUGUCAUCAUCAGGGACCAGUGAAAAGCCAAAACCUUCUCUUCCCAGAAGAACUCAGCAAAUACAUUUCUUUAUGUUUCCUUUCACUUCCUUUCAUAGGCCACUGUCAAUGCUAGUCAUUAGUAAAUGUUUAAUGCACCUUUACUUCUCCCCCUUCCUGUCUCAUCACACCCCUCUUCCCUUCCCUAGUCAUUGAAAUCUUUGAUGGUACAAAGAACUAGAGGCUUUUACCUAUCAUAGCACAAAGAGAAAUGAGAGUUCUGUCAUACAGGCCACUUAUGGGAAAGGUUUAGUGUCACUUGUCUCAAAAUAUCAAGUGAGGCUACUUACUCCAUCACACACAUUUUUGUCCUCCAAAUCUUCCUGGCAGAAAUACAAGUGAAAACUUCUAAGUUUUCUAUCCACUCUGUGUAGAGUUUGAGAUGUUUGAACUGAUGUCUUUUUAUUCCUUGCCUUGGCAAGUGAUUGUUUUUGAAAACUGAAUUUUUUUAAAAAAAGAGAACCUUAUUACUAAAUCCAGAAAACUAUUUGCAGUUUUGUAAGGUGGUCGUGGCAACUUUGUACUGAAGUUUCUGAGGAAAACUUGGCUCAGCAUCCCUCAGGUGGCUGCUUGCCAGAUGAUCACAGUGUCUGUGUUUACAUGAGCCAGAUCAAGGGCUAUAUUGAUAAAUAUGUCACUUCUUGACAAACACCACCUACAGGACAUUUUUUUCCUCCCUCCCUUUCUCUUCCCCUCCCCCAAAUCCGGGGCAUAGACUACAUUGCUCCUACAGCUACUUCUAAUUCAAAAGACGGAAGGAUUGCCAAUAGCACAAACCCGUCUGUUUUAGUUUCUAGAAGGACAACAUAACUGUGGCUUUCAUUCCCAUUCAUGUCUCUGAAUUUCAAGGCUAGACAAAGACCCACCCAAGGUUUUCCAGGGAUAGCCUAUCACUGUGGGACUCAAGGCUUCUCCCAGUUGUCUUCCAAUUUAUGGGCCAUUUUCUGUCACACAGUGGCACCUAAAUGAUAUUAAAUGAUUGGCAGAACAGUCUGCUUAUUGGUUUCAUUGCACCUCGUCUGAAAUGGAAAUAGAAAUGAUUAUUCUCUGGUGCUGGGAUACCAUCAUUAGUUCAUACAUACAUAUAUUUAUA